CUGCUUUACUGUCACAUACCGGUAGCUGGAAUUUAAUCCAGGAACGAAAAGAAAAUGAAGUACACCAUAAGACAUGCCGGCCCCCAGGACUGUCGUGAAAUUAUGAGGUUAAUUGUGGAGCUGUCAGUAUAUGAGAAAUUGGAAGAGCAGGUUAAUAUCACACACAAAGAGCUUGAAGUAGAUGGAUUUGGAGAAAACCCAUUUUUUAAAUGUUUGGUAGCUGAAGUCCCAGAAGACAAAAGAACUAAGGAAGGACACACUGUUGUGGGAUAUAGUAUGUACUAUUUUGCUUACAGCCCAUGGAAAGGUCGAUCAAUAUGUAUGGAAGUUUUGUACGUGAUGCCCGAUUUCCGAGGUCAAGGAAUUGGGAAAGCUUUGAUGUGUGGUAUUGCAAAGAUUGGCUGGGACAACAAAUGCACUCGGCUUCAGUUUGUUGUUCUGGACUGGAACAAGCCUUCUAUAGAUUUUUACAAGAGUCAUGGUGCACAGAAUGUUACGGAGAAAGAGGGCUGGCAGGAAAUGCGCAUCGACGACAAUGCCAUGGAAAAGUUGGCACAGAUGGCACCUAAAAUUUGAUUAGCAAGCGUGCUGAUGUAUACUAAUUAUGCCUCUCGAGAUCCAGGUGUUAAGCAAAAUACUGUAGCUGUGUGUGACAUUCAUCCAGCAUACGUCCUCUAAUUCAAAUAAAGAGGACUACCCCAUAGUCACAGAUGGAAUGGAAAACAGUUUGCAGGGGGGUGGGGGUACGGAGUUGGCAUAACAAUCAAAAUAUUCUAAAGGCAGUGGAAUGUAAGACCAUUUGAGUUUUUAGGCAAUGCAAAUUAGUUAACUGAAUGUUAAAAUUUAAGUUUAUGGAGACUAAAGUAAAUGUAUGGUGCAUUGCUCAAAGAGGAUGUUUCUGCCCUUUUGAGUUUUUAUCUUGUCCUAAUAAAAAAGUGAUGAU